AUGUCACGCGACACUCCAUUUCCGCAAACGUCUGGUAACACUGCCGAGGAUUGGCGUAUAUUCGAGAUUUUAUGUGAAGAUGUGAAAGUGACAAAUAGCAGCAAGCUUGAGUCCAACUGUAACAAUACUACGCACGCCAUCCCGGACCACCACCAUGGAAUUGAUCUGGUCACAACUCUGCGCAGUGAACUGGCAGCGUUGUCUUAUAAACGCGACCGUCUUGCAAAUGAUCUCGGAGAUGCACGCACUGCAUUGGUUGCGCGCGAAACUGAAUGCGAAAAUCUACGCUCCCAAGCAGCGCGUCAAUCAGCACUCAUAAGCAGUCUGCAAAGUCGACUGCAAACUGCUGAGCAUCGUGAACAAUCCAUACAACAACGUUGCGAUUCCACCAUACAAACCAUACAACGCGAGAAGCACUCCUCCGAUGAACGCGGCAAGGAGUUGCAAUGCAAAAUACAACAUCUCGAGAAUCACCUGGCUGCCGAGGAACAGCAGAAGGAACAAGCGCGCGCACAACUCAAUGAUUCGUUACGACGUCUUGCCACCUGCCUAGGCGUGGAUAUGUGUGAGAAUGUGCAGCUGACGCCAGAGUGUGUGCUGAAUCGUGCGGAAGAGGUGAUGAUCGAACUGCAACGCACCAAGGCGAAGGCAAGUUCCACUUGCGAUACGCUGAGUAGCUGUGAGAACGAGUUGAUGAAUUUGAAAUCGCUAGCCAAUAUAGAGAAACAACGUUUGAGUGCGCAACUCGAAGGUGUGACCAAUCAUAACCACGAAUUGGAAGGACGUUGUCGUCAAUAUGAACGUGAUUUGCAGCUGCAACGCGAUCGGUCGACUGAGGCGGAGAUAAGCGGUGAAAAGCUGAAAGAAGAGUUGCGCGGCUUCGAGUCGCGCUGUCAUCGCUUGCAAAACAAUUUCGAUCGCACGCAAAGUGAGCGCUUGCAAUUCCUGCGUUGUCUGGCCAAUCAGCUGAAUGUGCCCGAGCCAUGCGAAACACUGAUUAAGGAGAAAGUGCGCGAAACUCUAAGUGAAAAUCAGGCGAUGCGUGUGCAACUACAUUCACUGCGCGAUCAGUUGAACUCGGAGCAAUCGAAAUUGAAGGAAACCCAAGAGACCACACAGUGCCGCUUGCGUACUGAGGAAGCGCAAAAGAGUGAGUUGGAGGAACGUCUGGAGAAAUGCCAAGCAGAGAUACACACGCUGCGUAACGAUCACCUAGGGUUGUCAGAGUAUCUGCGCCGACUGGCGCGUGCGCUCAGUUGGGCCGAGUGCACUUCACCACCCGCACUCGGCACAGACACCAACAUCUUGGCAGAGUCUCUACUAGAACGCGCCGAACGCAUCUCAGCACAUUACGACCACCAUGGUCACGAACGUGACGGCGGGAAUCGCUAUCAUCAUCACUCACGGCAUGAGCAUUCACCGGAUAAGGGCUGUUGCGAUCAUCACGCGCAUGUGCAUGGUAAGUUGCGGCGUGAGCGUUCGUGUCACGAUAUACCGCUGAAGGAGAGUAGCACCGUUUACAACUUGCAAAGACGCGUGCGAAUAUUGCGAGAACAGGUGCAGCGACGCGAUCUGCAUUUAGAGCUGCUGCGUCGUAAGUUGGCGAUCAUUGAGGAGGGCGCCAGGGGCAAGUGUGUGCUACAGGGUGAACGGGAUGAAGCGGUAUGUCGCACGAAGAAAGCCAGCAAGCAGAUUGAUAAACUUACCGCACAGCUGGUGGAUGCGCGCUCACAGAUAGCUGAAGUCAAGGCGCAGCUGGCGGAGGCAGUCGAGUAUAAGAUCACCGCCUUGGAGCGCGCGCGCAAGAUCGACGAACUGACUGGGCAAAUUUGUGAUCUUGAAGAAGAAAAGACACGUUUAUUGGCGCAAUAUAAUAGCGUCAAAGAUCGUUUAAGAUCUACCAGCGAAUCGUCACAAAACAGACGCUGCCGCGAUGAGGCGCUCAUCACUUCUCUGCGCGAAGACAUCACACGCUUGCAAACCCAACUCUCCGAUGCCAAUCAUCGACUCUCCCACCUACAAUCGUUUCGUACUUCGGUCGCACGCACACUGCACUUACGUGACUUGCCCGAAUCGGAUCUGUUGCAUCGCUUGCAAGCGCUCUGCUCAGCGCAUCAGGAAUUCACUCUACUCUCAAAACGCUACGAGACUGCAUCGCCUGUGGGUGAUCAUCCUUGUCCACGUUUUGACGAUCCCAUACCACCCACCCCUCACUGUCGGCCGCCCAACGAUAUUGAGCACUUGAGCUCAACACUUUAUGAGGAUCAUACGAGAUCGUCGCAUGCGCAUGCGCACCAUCACACAACAGCUGAGCAUCACCAACACCGACAUCGCAGUAAGAGCCGUGGGCGUGCUGGUGGUGGUGGUGGUGGUGGUGUUGCGGUACAUUGCGCUGACCGUUCGGCAGGCGAAGAGUGCGAACGCGCCGAUCGUCGCGGCUCUGGUGGAGGCGCUGGUGUAGGCAGCAAGCGCGUGCACGAUAAGUGCUUUGACUCGGAUGUGCAUCGACAUCAUUGCAACAACGGCGACUUUUUGAGCGGUGCAUACGAUGAUUUCGAUUUCAAAUGA